AUGGCUCACCUUCUCCCAGUUCUCCUCCUGCUGGCCUCCCUUCGGCUGGCCCAAGCUCAGUACUUCAACUUCCCUCCGCCUCCGUCGUCGCCGCCGACUCCCACUCCCGCAGCUGAGCCACCUUCUCGGGUGGCCGGGAGGAACCAUCCAUCCGAUUCCUUCAUCUGCAACGACCCCCGCAGCUCUUGCUUCGGCCGAAACCUUACCUGCCCUCCUCAGUGCCCUGCCUUCCGGCCAGCAAAUCCCAAUGAGAAGGCGUGCUUUGUGGACUGCAGCAAUCCCACCUGCGAGGCUGUUUGUGGAAGCAGAAGACCUAACUGCAAUGGCGUGGGGGCGGCAUGCAGGGACCCGCGGUUCGUCGGCGGUGACGGCAUCGUGUUCUACUUCCGCGGACGGGCGAACCAGCACUUCGCCCUCGUAUCCGACGCCGGCUUCCAGAUCAACGCGCGAUUUAUCGGCCUCCGCCCCGCCGGGCGCCGCCAUGACUACACCUGGGUGCAGUCGCUCGGUAUCCUUUUCGGCCGCGAUUCCCUCACUGUGGUCGCCACUCCUGCCGCUUCCUGGGACGCCUCCGCCGACCACCUCUCCUUUGCCUUCGACGGCGAGCGCUUCGACCUUGCCCUCGGCCACCUCUCCUCCUGGUCCGCCGGCGACCUCUUCGUGGAGCGCACCACCACUGUCAACAGCGUGGCAGUGGCUCUUCCGGGGGCGUUUGAGAUGAGAGCGACUGCAGUGCCGGUGACGGAGGAGGAUGACAGGGUGCAUCACUACGGCGUGCCGGCCGGCGACUGCUUCGUGCACUUGGAUGUCCAGUUUAAGUUCGCGGGGCUGACGGAGAGGGUGGAAGGCGUGCUCGGCCAGACCUACCAGCCGAACUACAGGAAUCCGGUGAAGCUGGGGGUGGCGAUGCCCAUCAUGAGCGGGGAGGAGCGCUACUUCCUGCCGUCCCUGCUGGCCACCAACUGCAACAGCUGCAUCUUCUCGCCUGAAGCGGCCGCCGGAGACGGGGACACGUCGUCUACGAUUCACCGGCAGUCAUCUUGGAUUGCACAAGCAAGGUAA